AUGAAUUCGGUUGAACCAAUACUGACACCAUUUCCGUAUCAACAAAUCGGCGACACAGGGGAAAAUGUCAAAGUAGAUCUGUGUAAGAAAGAAAAAUACCGCCUCAGAUUGCACUUUGUUCUGUUUGCAUUGAAAAAACCACAAUCGAAAAAGAUAAAAAUGAUUUUGAUAACAAUAUCAUCAUCUUUAACUAACGUAUUGGAUGAGAAUAACUGCCUCGAUAAUGCAUUUAUUACUGUUUGGCCUCAGAGAUCUCGAAGUUUUACUAGCAAAGUAAGAGUUCAGCAAAUUACCACUGACUCGAAGGGCGAAUUGCAAUAG